AUGGUUAUUCCAAGGAUACCAUACACUGUCAUGUAUAGCACGGUGAAGGCUGGCCAAGCUCAUGACUCGGACCCAGACGUGGAGGUUUCGAGGCCUUCAAGCGGACAUCCCGAGAGAAAACACAUUCGACAGGCGUAUAGAAGAGCGACAGAAAGUAUGGGUCACCAUUUGAAACACAAAACCCACACCUUACCACGCCCCGAACCCCCUACGACGGGCCCCGGACCCGCCUUACCCACCCCCCCGCCCCCGCCCCCCCCGAAACCUACUUACCACGCCCCGAACCCGCUCAUCACGCCCAGAGCCUGCUUACCACGCCCGAAACCCGCCCUACACGCCCGAGCCCUGACUAUCACGCCUCAGAGCCUACCUACACGCUCCGAGCCCGCUUAUCAUCCCACGCACACUACGAGCCCGAAUACCCCUGAUACAACUACAACUACGGCGUCGCCGACGGUUACUCCGGCGCCAACUUCGCCGCCUCGGAGUCCCGCGAGGCACAAGGAUCCGAGGGCGAGAUCACACCGUGGACCUCCCCGACCAGUCCGCAAGCAGCAUCGUCAAGUAGUGGACAACGGGCGGACCGGCCCUUAUGCUGAGCUGGAGG